AUGAAACACAGUCUUAAUUUCUGUCUACAACCAUUACAUUCUAGGUCUAUCUCUUCAUCUGGUUUUGGCUGUUCGGCGUUGCCAUCUACAACGUUGGUAAUCUCAUCUAUUGGUGCUGCCUGUUGCUCUCAGAGGAGAAACGAACAAACUUUGUCGGCUCCUACCUCAAACUGCUCGGUCUCGUCAAUGAUGAAGACAUUUCCGGUUCGUCCACAAUGGCCUUCUCGCAUCCAUCUUCUUCGUAACUCAUCAUUAACUCAUCCGAUGCCAUUUUUAGGUCAACGUGCGUUGAACAAGUUCGCGCAGAGAUCGUUGCGUGCCGAUGGUGUGUUCAUACUUUAUCUCAUCUCGAAGAAUGCCGGCGAUAUUAUUACCACCGACAUUAUCGCCACCCUAUGGGGGAAAUUUUUAGAGGAUGAAGCUCAGGUAAGACCUUGA